GCUGAUCAGACCUUUAUAUAUAAAAUGGUGAUAGUGUAUUUUUUCGAAGAUAGAGAGAGAAAAAGAUAUUGCGAGCUGCUACGAUUUGAACGAUGGGGCGAUCGAUUCGUGAUUGGGUUUUGUUAGGGCUUCUACUUGCUGGUUGUUUAUUUGCAUUCUCAAUUGCUAAGGAGGAAGCCUCCAAGUUGGGAACGGUCAUUGGGAUUGAUCUUGGCACCACUUAUUCAUGUGUUGGUGUCUACAAGAAUGGUCAUGUAGAAAUUAUAGCAAAUGACCAAGGUAACCGUAUUACUCCUUCCUGGGUAGCUUUCACUGACAACGAGAGGUUGAUUGGUGAAGCUGCUAAGAACCAAGCAGCUGUGAAUGCUGAAAGAACUGUUUUUGAUGUCAAAAGACUUAUUGGAAGGAAGUUUGAGGAUAAGGAGGUGCAGAAGGACAUGAAACUUGUUCCCUACAAGAUUGUGAACAAGGAUGGUAAACCUUAUAUCGAGGUCAAGAUCAAGGAUGGCGAAACUAAAGUAUUUAGUCCCGAGGAAAUCAGUGCCAUGAUUUUGACGAAGAUGAAAGAGACAGCUGAGGCAUACCUUGGGAAGAAAAUUAAGGAUGCUGUUGUUACUGUUCCAGCUUACUUCAACGAUGCUCAGAGACAAGCAACGAAGGAUGCAGGAGUAAUCGCAGGCCUGAAUGUUGCGAGAAUUAUCAAUGAACCAACUGCUGCAGCCAUUGCCUAUGGCCUGGAUAAGAAAGGUGGAGAGAAGAACAUUCUUGUGUUUGACCUAGGUGGUGGCACUUUUGAUGUGAGCAUCUUGACCAUUGAUAAUGGAGUUUUUGAAGUCCUAGCUACAAAUGGUGACACCCAUCUUGGAGGUGAGGAUUUCGACCAGAGAAUCAUGGAGUACUUCAUCAAAUUGAUCAAGAAAAAGCACGGUAAGGACAUCAGCAAGGACAAUCGCGCUCUGGGCAAGCUGAGAAGGGAAGCAGAGCGGGCCAAGAGAGCCUUGAGCAACCAGCACCAAGUUCGCGUUGAGAUUGAAGCCCUAUACGAUGGCGUUGAUUUCUCCGAGCCUUUGACCCGUGCCAGAUUUGAAGAAUUGAACAAUGACCUGUUCAGGAAGACCAUGGGACCUGUUAAGAAGGCCAUGGAAGAUGCCAGCCUUGAGAAGCAUCAAAUAGAUGAAAUCGUUCUUGUUGGUGGAAGCACCAGGAUUCCUAAAGUUCAGCAGCUUUUGAAGGAUUACUUCGAUGGCAAGGAGCCAAACAAGGGAGUGAACCCUGAUGAAGCAGUUGCGUUUGGUGCUGCUGUACAGGGAAGUAUUCUAAGUGGAGAAGGCGGCGAUGAGACCAAAGAUAUUCUCCUGCUUGAUGUGGCUCCACUUACGCUUGGUAUUGAGACUGUGGGUGGUGUCAUGACCAAGCUGAUUCCGAGAAACACCGUCAUUCCAACGAAGAAAUCUCAGGUUUUCACCACCUACCAGGAUCAGCAGACUACCGUCUCCAUCCAGGUUUUUGAGGGUGAGAGGAGUCUCACCAAGGACUGCAGGAGUCUUGGAAAGUUUGAUCUCAGUGGAAUCCCACCUGCACCCAGAGGAACCCCUCAAAUCGAAGUCACAUUCGAGGUCGACGCUAAUGGCAUCCUCAACGUUAAGGCUGAGGACAAAGGCACCGGCCGAUCGGAGAAGAUCACCAUCACCAACGACAAAGGCCGUCUCAGCCAAGAAGAGAUUGAACGAAUGGUUAAGGAAGCCGAGGAGUUCGCCGAGGAAGACAAGAAGGUGAAAGACAGGAUUGAUGCCAGGAACCAACUGGAGACCUAUGUGUACAACAUGAAGAACACCAUUAACGACAAGGAUAAGCUCGCCGACAAAAUCGAGAGCGAGGAGAAGGAGAAUAUCGACGCCGCUCUGAAGGAGGCGUUGGAAUGGCUCGACGAUAAUCAGAGCGCGGAGAAAGAGGAUUUCGACGAGAAGUUGAACGAAUAA